AUGGCUGGCCGCUCUUUCCAGAUGAACGGCACUACAGAAUCCUGGAGCCGUACUCAAACUACAGGGCAAUCUUCCGCUUACCCCAUCGGCGCUUUGAGACCAUCCAACGCCAACUUCAAGGCUCGCAGCCACAAUGUCUGCAGACUAUUUCUGGAGGAUCGGUGCGCUAGGGGGAACCAAUGCAACUUUGCUCAUCCGUCGAGCCGGAGACAUACUUCGAGUCAGCCUUUAUUCUCGUCCCUAACACUCCCCCACAAUCUUCCGCCAUCGCUCACCGUCAAGCUUCCGAACACAGAGUCACUUUCGGACCCGUUCAAUUCCCAAACUUCUAUGUUGAAUGGCUCAGGCCCUGGUCCGCCGCUCGUCAGACUCGGUCCAUCACCACCAUUUUUGCCUGUGAAUCCCCAACAGCCGCCUCCCAUGGAGCCUCAGGACAAUGCGCAUGAUGUUUGGCACGGGUCGAAUUGGGAGUCUACCACCAUCGACUCGAAACAGCCGCAACACAAACUGUGGUAUAACCACCGGACGAGCUACUGGGGUACGAGACCUGACGAAAAGGCAUGGACGGAGGCUAGUUUCUCGUCGGAUGAUACCUCGACGUCCAACGAGACGAAAUCUUCGGCACCAACGUCUCAUCCUAUUGCUGCGGAGGCUCGGGCGCCGUCCACCGUUCCACCAUGCCACAAUUGGCAACGCGGGGUUUGUACCCUAGGCAGCCACUGCCGAUACCUACAUGGCUCUGCUAGCUGUGUUGGUACAGACGAGACUUCAACGUCGAGGACUCUCCCCAUUGCUGACGCCACCCCAACAUCCCAUCCUACCGACACCCGAGCGUCUCCCACUGUCCACCAGACAUGCCGCAAAUGGCUACGCGGAGUUUGCUCUCUGGGGAACCGUUGCCGAUACCUGCAUGGGCAUGUUGGCUGUGUUGAUACCGAUACACUUCCUUCUGUUGAACCACCCCACUCCGUAACAAUACAUGACCAUACCCAAGUUACGAUCGCCGCCGGAUUCGAGGUUCUCGCGGUAACGACCGGUAUGGAAACACCAUGGAUCACUCUUAGUAACCUCCCUGUCCACUUCACCGCACCUGCCAUCCACAAGCUAUUGCGUCAGUAUGGUCUGGUUGAAGAGGUUAAGAUAUCACACCAGUCCAAAGCCCUAGUGCAGGCUCGGUUCUCCUGUUACGCCGAAGCUUUACGGGCGACUGCAGCACUCGAUGGUGCCCAAAUAUCUCGUUCAAAAAUCUCCGCACGCAUUUCAGUCAACUCACGCAGCGGUGCUGUCUCCAUCACCGAUACUUCAAUCAGGAUACAAUGGGAAGCUCCACAACGAAUUGCCUAUGGUGGCUAUUCCUCAUUUACCGAUGCCACUACGGUAAUUGCAGCGACAAAAAAGGCAGCAUACGGCGACUACAUGGUCAAAGCAUUGAUACAUGAAGGCCUACCAUCCAUCGGAGUCGUGACAGUGAAGUUUUCGAACCUCCCUCCAGAUGCGGACGAGAAAUUUUUGGGCGACUUAGGCCCCUCUGCGGCUGAUGUCAUGUGGGAGCGCCCAAAUUACGCUGCCCUCCCUCCUGCUGUUGAUGGUGUUCGGACCCUCCUCCGCGGCCUAGAUGGCUUUUUGAACCUCGAAGUCGCACCGCCUCCACACUACAAUGGCCUCGUCCGUGCUUGGGCCCGCUUCUCCUCAGCCACGGCUGCAAAGGCUGCUGUGUCUGUCAUACAUGGGCGUAAACCAUUAUUCAUUGGCAAGAAGACGCUCUACGCUCGUCACAUCCAAUUCUUGGAAUACGAGCUAUCUGCAGAAGCAUAUGCCAAGCAUGAGGCCCUCAUCGAACUGAUGCGGUCUGCAGCAAUACGAAACGGGCAUUCAAGGAAUAUUACUAUACGACACCCUUCUGCACAGAGCGUCAAAAUCAAACUCUUAUCUGAGUCAAUCAGCGAUUUAGGCUUUCUCAAAGUAGAGUUUGAGAAGAUACUUCGAGGAGAGAUUGUUCGUAGCGAUGGUGUGGCUGUUUGGGACGGAAUAUUUGCAUGCGAGGGCGGCUCUAUAUUUCUACGACAACUGGAGGUGGACUUUCAAGUGAGAGUUGAAGUCAAUGCCCUUCGGCAAAGCAUCAAUCUCUUCGGAACACCUCUAAAUCGCGCCUCCGCACGCACUGCAAUCUUAGAGAGAAUAGCGCAGUCUCGAGCUCAAAGACCGCGCAAGAUUCAUGUCCGGAGUCAUGUCCUCAACAACUUCAUCACAACGCAACAUGGCCGUCUUUGCCGGAGUUUCGGGGCAGAGAACAUCGUCCUUAUCCCCCGUGAUGGCCUCAUCAUAUUUUACGGUGGUGACGAGCUCUAUAAGGCAGGAAUCGAGGCCAUUCACCGAGCCCAGCAAUCCCUUCCCGACUCGUCUAAUUUCUCUGGUUGCCCUAUCUGUUUCAACAAAUACGUCGCGCCAGUUACUCUGUCCUGUGGUCAUACAUGGUGUCGCAACUGUCUAUCCCAGUACCUUCUUGUCUCGGUGGACCACCGCCGUUUUCCCCUCACAUGCCUGGGAGGUAAUGGGCAGUGCCAUCAGCCAAUCCCGCUGUCAACAGCGCGGAAUGUGCUUACACCCAACGAGUUCAACAUGCUUGUUGAUACUGCGCUUUCAUCAUACGUUCGUGCUCAUGCAAAGGAACUCCAUCAUUGCCCAACGCCGGACUGCUUACAAAUAUAUCGCACUGGACCUGAGGGAACAGUCGUUCAAUGCCCUUCCUGUUUGGUGCGAAUUUGCACAUAUUGUCAUGUGGAAGCCCACGAGGGUUUCCCCUGCGCUGAACAGGAUGGCGGAGACCGAUCAUUCAAGGAAUGGGUGGCUGAGCACGAUGUCAAGCACUGUCCUGGAUGCGAAGUUCCAAUUGAACGAGACAAAGGGUGCCAUCACGUGACUUGCAGUCAGUGCCAAACCCACAUCUGUUGGAUGUGUUUGCGGACAUUCCCCAAGGGUGAUGGGAUCUACCAGCAUAUGCGUGCUGAGCACGGUGGAAUUGGGUUGGUCCAAGAUGACCUGUAA